AGUGGCUCACAGACUGCACAAUUUCAUCUACUCCAAUUCAUUGCAGUAUCUCCCUCAUUCUGCACGUUGCACAGUUUGGACAAGGAGACCAAAUUCAGACUGCUGGCAGUUCUCAUAAAAUAAAAUGGUGAAAUAUAUGAGACAGCAGAGCGAGAUCCUUUUGGAGUCGGAUGCGUCCAUGGACCAACAGGAUUUUAGCGAUAUGUCUGGAUAUUCCGACGUCCUAUAUUCCGAAUGUUCCGCAAUGGACCAAAUCGACACUUUCAUGAAAAACGUUCAGGUGUUGCUGGAUGCAGCAAAUUACAUUGAGAACAAUGAAAAGAACAACGGAAGUAAGUAAUGUAGGCUAUUCUGGUGAUUUCAGAGGCAGACUCGCCAAGGCAGACAACAAUGGACCGAGAUGGUUAGGGCGACAAAAGACGCGUAAACAUGAGAGCCAACUGUCUGACUCCCCUGCUUCCAUUUGUCUGAUUGUGAAUAGGCCUAAUAUUUCAACAUAUUCUGCCAAUGCACAUUUGUUUAGAUAAUGCUAGGAAUAUUUCAAAUGAAUCACUUGCACUGGACAUAUUUUGUAUGGUUUAUGAAUUAGAUAUAGCCUACAAAAACAAUCCAUGGUCAAAAACAAACCUGUGAUUUAAAAUUAUGCUCUCACCCACUAUGGCAUUUUCCACGAAUGGUAGCAGAAUUUAAAUGGCUAUUCAAGUGUGCAUUUUCAAAUUGGAUGAGACUUGCCUAUAGCUCCAUGAGUUUAUUUUCUUAGAGACAUUAAUAGGUCUAAACUAAACAUAUUCUAAUGGUAUCCAUGAAGGCAGCCCUGUGUGCGUUAGACUGUCUUCCUUUGAGCUUUGUCUUCCUUCGAUUUAGGCUACUUAUUAAAAUAUUUAGGCUACAUAAUAGGCUAGUCGAUUUAUCAAACUCUCACUCACCUUAUUUUUAAACCUAGCCUAGCCUACUCAACGCUGAGCAUAGGUUUUCCUUCCAUUUCUGGCUGUGGAUGUGGAUGCCUGCAGGCCGAAGAAAAGCAAAUAAUCCGUAGACCUAUGUUUAUUUAGCUCACACCAAAUCCAACUGUCAAAUGAGGCAAAUAAACCCUUUUUUGUUUGUUUUUUAUCUGCAUAUUAUGCAGAGGCUGAAUAUAGAAGCUCUAUAAUGCCAGCCCUAUUAUUUCUUUAUUUCUGUCAGUUGCUCUUCCUCUUAUCUUCACUGUUGUUCACAUGGUUUCCACAUGGAGCAAAAUUGACCGUUUUGAUUGGACUAAACCCAUGUUCCCGUCUAGAGUCCUUUCAGAUACCCAAUCAAACCCAGGUUAAACUUUGACGUCACAUGUAUUCUGUGGGAUUGGUAGGUGUAUGUAUACACAAAUUAGGAUUAGAUCAAAAAAUAUAUUACAUUAACACAAUUCUGUCAUCAAUCUCAUAUUGGACAUUUUAUUAUACUGACAUUGCCAGAAAUGGGUUAAAACGUUUAUAGCCUAUGUUAGACAAUUAUACAUGUUAUUGUUUUUAUAUUGGACAUAAUUUGAGUAUUAUAUAUGCAUGUUAUUGUCUGCUGUAGCCUAAUAUAGCCUACUAAGUGAUAUUUCAAAAUUAGUAAUGAAUGAAUAGGCCUAUGUCUUGAAGAAAGAGUUUGUUGGUAUUUUUCAAUAAACCAUGUACAAAAUGGGUUUCCUGCUUUGUAGCACAAACAUCCAAAAUAAUCUGUAUGGAAUUUAUCCCAAAAGGCAUUGAGGGUGUCUUAAAAACCGUCCUCAUAUCAGCUGUUGAGAAAGUAAAAGACAGUGUUGGGUGAAGCUAUAGGCAUUUCCCCAAGUUUUACUAAACUUAAAAGAAAACUUUUUUUUUGUUGUAUUUUUGUUUUACAAUAAUCAACAGUAUGACUACAUUACUGUUUGCCAACAUUGACAGAUGAUUGGAAGCUGCAGGAUAUAGACAGGAGGGGAAGGUAGGCUAUGUGACAUGUUGUUUAUUCAUUCCCUGUUGUCUUGGGACUAGCUUGAUGUCACAAAUGUUACAGACCAAAACAAAAAAGUAUUUGUCUGACAGAAAUGACAGAAUCUAUAAUGUAAGGCCUAAUGUGUUAAAAAUAUAUAUUUCAUCAACAGAAUGUGAACAUGGAUAUGCCUCAACAUGCCCUGCAACUCAGAACAAGCAUCAUCAGAGACAACGGAAAUUCAAAAAUAAGAAAAUUGACAAUAUUCACAACAGGUAAAUUAAGCUUGUCAUAAUUAUUUAUAACUGUGUUAUUACAAAUACCCAUGUUAUUACAGUUGCAUGCUCACUCUAAUAUAUCUACUCUGGAUUGUUAAGUGGACCAUUCUGUAAUUUCUUGAUUUCUUGUUUAGAUUUUUUGAUUGUUUGUGUAUUUGUAUUGUAUUUGGAGACAUUCUAUUGCACUGUUGGAGCAAGUAACAUAAGCAUUUCUCUGCACCUGCUAUAACACCUGCAAAUCUGUGGACUUUGAUUUGAUAGCAUUUUGUUUUUUACCCGUUCUUCAUUAUUGGACUUGGAAGAAACAAAGUGCACCAAGACAGAAACUGUCAAACCAGUCUUUUAUAAAGCUUAUUGCUAACAUAUCUUGUUUUUGGAUUUCUGUCUAUAACAUAGAAAUAGAUAGAAGUCUCUAGUGCCCAAAAGCCAGUUUUAGCAUGGGCAGCACCACUUUCACCAUUUUGAAGUAGUAAACUGGGUGGGACUUCCUAUGGGUCAAGAAAGGAUCACAUGAUUCCAUCCGGGUCAUCAGGAGGGAUCAGCCAAUGAAUUAUACUUGUGAGCAAACAUUCCAUAACUGCAGGUGGCAGUAAAUCGUAAACCUUGGCUUUAUACCUGUUCAAACAACACACUUUAGGUGGCAGUAUGCACCGUUUCUGUUAGUUUGCUAACUCAUAGAAGUAGUAGAAGAAAAUGGACUACUUCAAAAUGGAAAUGGCCUCAAUGGCACUGCCCAUGCUCUCACAGAUGCCAUAAUAAGAUAGAUACAAUGAUGCGAUGUCUAUCUAAGUAUAUGGUCUAUAACCUGUCCAUUUUGUUUUACACCCAGAUCAGCACACAAUGAGCUGGAAAAAAAUAGGUGAGUCAGAAGGGGUUGUGACUGUGUUAGAGGCCAUUGCGAAUAUUUCCAUUGACAGUGGUUAUUGUUGAUCAAUUGAAGAUCUCUGCAAGUACUGAAUGUGCAUUCAUCUACCAUGUUCUUCUCUACUCUGAUUCCCCACCCGACUGUGAUUUGGUCCACAACUGUGUAACAUGGGGUAAAACACUUGAGUUACAUGAUAAUUAAUUAGUCAAAGAGAUAUAGGCCUAAUAUAUCUUAUGGUGCAUAACCUGUCUUGGUGCAUAUCAAACAUCAUAUCCACAUAAUAAUUCAACUGUGCAGACUGCUACAUGGUUUGAUAGUACACAAGUAACACAGGGGCACACACUUAAUAUGUUGUGAAAUCUGUUGUGAAUGUAUUGUAAUGUAAAAAAAAAAAAAUGUAUAACUGCCUUCAUUUUGCUGGACCCCAGGAAGAGUAGCUGCUGCCUUGGCAGCAGCUAAUGGGGAUCCAUAAUAAAUACAAAUACAGGGAUGUUGUUUUGCUACAAAUUUCGUAACAUUUUAUGUGGUGUGGCAAAUAGCUAUUUCCGGGGACUUUAUCUCCAGAGCCAGCUGUCUUUUCAAAAUGGAACCUCAAGCUGAUAAUCCAAAAUACUCUGGAGGCUGCAUUUAUUUAGCAUAUCCUGAUGUUAGGCUAAAUAUAUUGACCCAGAAUUUGAAAAUGUAAUACUGGCUUAUAAAGCGGCUUAUUUUACAGCUGGACUUCAAACAACACUUCUUUUAUCAACACCUUCACAAUGUCAAGUUUGUUUGUACAGUGGUGGUCAUUAGCAUGCUAGCAUCCUGGUGGUAGAGCAGAGAUGUAUGUUUUGCAAGGCAAAUCAGGGAGUUCAGUCCAGUACAGGUUGUUCUUGGAAGACAACCAUACAACGUGUCCACAGUUGGAACUGGAACUGCUUGUUUCAGACAGUGUGUUUCCCUCCACGUAAACUAAGCUUUUCUGUGCAUUGAAAAGCAGCUUAUUGCACAGGGCCUGAUCUUUGGUUCCAAUAAGAAGAACAUGUCAGGGCACGGUUCCCAAAAUACAGUGACAUGGGCUAAUAUGUAGAGAGCAGCUAGUGUGGGAAUCAUCAUAGAACACAGAAGAGGGAUGGCCCAGGCCUCUGGAUGAUAAUAGCUUAAUCUCAAAUUGCACUACAAAGGGGUUGGUCAUCAUUAGCGAGACAGGAGUUGUCAUCCCAAUUUAACCUACAUUUCAAUGCAUUUGAAUGUAAGGACAACACCCUUCCAAAUCUAGACACUAGGAUGUUCAGCAGCUCUGGGCCCAGACUAUAAGUAAUGUAUUAGCCUUUCUAUCCAACAAAAUGGAAAAUAAUAUAAAGGGUCUGCUUUUGUAGGUCAAUCAAUUACUAUACUGAACAAAAAUAUAAAUGCAACAUGUAAAGUGUUGGUCCCAAGUUUCAUGAGCUGAAAUAAAUGAUCCCAGAAAUGUUCCAUACGCACAAAAAGCUUAUUUCUCUCAAAGGUUGUGCACAAAUUUGUUUACAUCCCUGUUAGUGAGCAUUUCCCCUUUGCCAAAAUAAUCCAUCCACCUGAUCGGUGUGGCAUAUCAAGAAGUUGGGGACAAUAAUAAUAAAAAUGUGCAGUUUUGUCACACAACACAAUGCCACAGAUGUCUCAAGUUUUGAGGGCGCGUGCAAUUGGCAUGCUGACUGCAGGAAUGCCCACCAGAGCUGUUGCCAGAUAAUUUAAUGUCAAUUUCUCUACCAUAAGCCACCUCCAACGUCGUUUUAGAGAAUUUGGCAUUACGUCCAACCGGCCUCAGAACCGUAGACCAUGUGUAUGGCGUCGUGUGGGCGAGCGGUUUGCUGAUGUCAACGUUGUGAACAGAGUGCCCCAUGGUGGCCGUAGGGUUAUGGUAUGGGCAGGCAUAAGCUACGGACAACGAACACAAUUGCAUUUUACCGAUGGCAAUUUGAAUGCACAAAAAUACUGUGAUGAAAUCCUGAGGCCCAUUGUGAGGCCCAUUAUUUUUAAGGUAUCUGUGACCAACAGAUGCAUACUGUAUCUGUAUUCCCAGUCAUUUGAAAUCCAUAGAUUAGGGUUUAAUGAAUUUAUUUCAAUUGACUGAUUUCCUAAUAUAACUGUAACUCAGUAAAAUCGUUGAAAUUGUUGCAUGUUGAAUUUAUACUUUUGUUCAGUAUAAUAACCAGAUCAAUGACUAAUUACCUCCAAAGAUAUUCAUCCAUCGACGUAGAGGGGAUGGGAAUAGGGCCUCAUCAAAUCCAGGAAUUGCAUCUGGAUGUAGAGAGACCAUUCCUAUUAUUGGUUUCACUAAAGAGUAGUCCUCUGUUGUUUCUUCACCCUCUUAGACGAGCACAUCUCCGCCUGUGUUUGGAGAGGUUGAAGACACUGAUCCCACUGGGACCAGACUGCAGUCGGCACACUACCCUGGGGUUGCUCAACAAGGCCAAGGGGCACAUUAAGGUACUGUAGUCAACAAUGCCACCACGGUGGUGUCAUGGGGACCAUGGUGUUAUGGGAUCUGGUGAAUGGUUCAAUGGAAGCCCCUUGCCUAUGGAUAGAGAAGCUGUGUGCUCCAUGACCUGCCAUAGCACUGCAGCACACAAACACAAUGUGAUCUACUUCCUCAGCCUGCAAAUCACUUGCUACUCCUGGCUGCACACUUGUGGGCCUGGAAACGCAAGCAAAUGCAAUGGAAAUGGGGAUAUACCUUUAAUGGGUAUAACUGAUUUAUCAAACAUGAUUGGUUAGAAAGCUUUUAUUUUCCCUUUUAUCCAGGUGUAGAUGUAGUCUGGAACCUAUUUGUCACCCCCUUGUGAACUCUGAAAAAGUAUUUCUAAUUGAUCUGAGAAAUGUUUGGCACAUUGCUGUGUUUCAGAAUGAAAAUACAAAGUGAAAGAAAGAGUGGCUUGUAUGCUCAACCUUAACCAACCCAGCCAUUGCCCUUGUUUUCCUACAAGCAGAAAAUCCAGCUCUGCAUUUGGCCAUCGUACAAAAAUGUCAGGAAUUACUUUGCCACUACAGCCGUUUGGAUCUGUUGGUAUUUUUAGCCUGGUCUGAUGUGGAUAAAUUCACAUAUGAUUAUUCAGGCUCAGAAGAACACACACAGUUUGUCCCUCAAUCUUGAAUGGGCAGAAUUUGUGUUGUCGCAAAAGUAGAGUAAAAUAAAAAUAAAAACAUUAUUCAAUUUUAAAUCUGUUUGUAAAUGGCAGCUGUUGAAGAUUCUAUAAUUUGUACAGUAAAACGGAAUAUCUGUGAAUGACUGUACGACAGAGGGCUGUGUCAUACUAUGUGCAGAUGUCUGAUGAAAUUUGAUAAAUAGCUGCUCCUUAGCCUACACCAUUUAUUUAUAUGCAAGUAUUAUUCAUAAAAUACCAGUGGUGUAAAGUACUUAAGUAAAAAUACUUUAAAGUACUAGUUAAGUUGUUUUUUGGGUAUCUGUACUUUACUAUUUAUAUUUUGCCAACUUUUACUUCACUACAUUCCUAAAGAAAAUAAUGUACUUUUUACUCCAUACAUUUUCCCUGAUACCCAAAAGUACUUGUUACAUUUUGACAGGGAAAUGGUCCAAUUCACGCACUUAUCAAGAGAACAUCCCUGGUCAUCCCUACGGCCUCUGAUCUGGCGGACUCACUAAACACAAAUGCUUUGUUUGUGAAUUAUGUCUGAGUGUUCAAGUGUGCCCCUGGCUAUCCGUAAAUAAAUAAAAAUAUAUAUGUAUUGUGCUGUCUGGUUUGCUUAAUAUAAGGAAUUUUAAAUUAUUUAUACUUUUACUUUUAGAAAUUCCAUUUACUUUUGAUAUUGAAGUAUUUUACUGGGUUACUUUCACUUUUAUUUAAGUAAUUUUAUAUUAAGGCAUUUUACUUUUACUCAAGUAUGACAAUUGAGUACUUUUUCCACCACUGUAAAAUACCAACAAAUUCGAAGGGUAAUCCACACAUAAGGUUGAUUAACUUUCUCUCCUCUCUGUUUUUGUGUAGAAACUAGAGGAGAUGGACCGGAGGAGUCAGCACCAGCUGGAGAGCCUGGAGCGUGAGCAGAGGCACCUGCAGAGGCAGCUGGCCCACCUACAGAACCCUGGAGACGGAGACAGGGACAUGGUCCAUAUGGACAGCGUAGGUUCCCCUUUGGCCUCAGAACACUCGGACCGAGGUGAGCCAACCAUUCCACAGAGCUUAGUUACUCCCUGCAUAUUUCGUCUGACAGUGGCAAUGUUACAGUGCCUUCAGAUAGUAUUCAGACCCCACGUGUCCAAGUCUCCAAGUGUACAGUGUUUCCUCCGACACAUUGGUGCGGCUGGCUUCCGGGUUAAGCAGGCAUUGUGUCAACAAGCAGUGCGGUUCGGUUGGGUUGUGUUUCGGAGGACGCACGGCUCUCGACCUUCGCCUCUCCGGUGUCCGUACGGGAGUUGCAGUGAUGGGACAAGACUGUAACUACCAAUUGGAUACAUGAAAUUGGGGAGAAAAAGGAAAAACAAAAAAAAGGUAUUUAGACCCCUUUACGUUUUCCACAUUUUGUUGUGUUACAACCUGAAUUUAAAAUGGAUUAAAUAGAGAUUUAUUUUGUCAUAGGCCUACACACAAUACCCCAUAAUGUCAAAGUGGAAUUAUGUUUUAGACAUUUUUACAAAUUCAUAAAAAAUGAAAAGCUAAAAUGUUAUGGCAAGCCUAAAUAACUUCAGGAGUAAAAAUAUGCUGCAUGGACUCACUCUGUGUGCAAUAAUAGUGUUUAAAAUGUUUUUGGAUUGACUACCUCAUCUCUGUACCCACACAUACAAUUAUCUGUAAGGUCCAUCAGUCGAGCAGUGAAUUUCAGUGAAGACAGAUUAAACCACAAAGACCAGGGAGGUUUUCCAAUGCCUCUCAAAGAUGGGCAACUAUUGGUAGAUAGGUAAACAUAAAAAUUGAAUAUUCAUUUGAGCAUGGUGAAGUUAUUAAUUACACUUUGGAUGGUGUAUCAAUACACCCAAUCACUACAAAGAUACAGGGGUCAUUCCUAACUCAGUUGCCGGAGAGGAAGGAAACGGCUCAGGGAUUUCACCAUGAGGCCAAUGGUGACUUUAAAACAGUUACAGAGUUUAAAGGCUGUGAUAGGAGAAAACUGAGGAUGGAUCAACAAUAUUGUAGUUACUCCACAAUACUAACCUAAUUGACAGAGGGAAAGAAGCCUGUAUAGAAUACAAAUAUUCCAAAACAUGCAUAUUGUUUGCAACAAGGCACUUACAGUGAGGGAAAAAAGUAUUUGAUCCCCUGCUGAUUUUGUACGUUUGCCCAAUGACAAAGACAUGAUCAGUCUAUAAUUUUAAUGGUAGGUUUAUUUGAACAGUGAGAGACAGAAUAACAACAAAAAAAUCCAGAAAAACGCAUGUCAAAAAUGUUAUAAAUUGAUUUGCAUUUUAAUGAGGGAAGUAUUUGACCCCUCUGCAAAACAUGACUUAGUACUUGGUGGCAAAACCCUUGUUGGCAAUCACAGAGGUCAGACAUUUCUUGUAGUUGGCCACCAGGUUUGCACACAUCUCAGGAGGGAUUUUGUCCCACUCCUCUUUGCAGAUCUUCUCCAAGUCAUUAAGGUUUCAAGCCUGACAUUUGGCAACUCGAACCUUCAGCUCCCUCCACAGAUGUUCUAUGGGAUUAAGGUCUGGAGACUGGCUAGGCCACUCCAGGACCUUCAUGUGCUUCUUCUUGAGCCACUCCUUUGUUGCCUUGGCCGUGUGUUUUGGGUCAUUGUCAUGCUGGAAUACCCAUUUACGACCCAUUUUCAAUGCCCUGGCUGAGGGAAGGAGGUUCUCACCCAAGACUUGACAGUACAUGGCCCGUCCAUCGUCCCUUUGAUGCGGUGAAGUUGUCCUGUCCCCUUAGCAGAAAAACACCCCCAAAGCAUAAUGUUUCCACCUCCAUGUUUGACGGUGGGGAUGGUGUUCUUGGGGUUGAUAGGCACCAUUCCUCCUCCUCCAAACACGGCGAGUUGAGUUGAUGCCAAAGAGCUCGAUUUUGGUCUCAUCUGACCACAACACUUUCACCCAGUUCUCCUCUGAAUCAUUCAGAUGUUCAUUGGCAAACUUCAGACGGGCCUGUAUAUGUGCUUUCUUGAGCAGGGAGACCUUGCGGGCGCUGCAGGAUUUCAGUCCUUCACGGCGUAGUGUGUUACCAAUUGUUUUCUUGGUGACUAUGGUCCCAGCUGCCUUGAGAUCAUUGACAAGAUCCUCCCGUGUAGUUCUGGGCUGAUUCCUCACCGUUCUCAUGAUCAUUGCAACUCCACGAGGUGAGAUCUUGCAUUGAUCCCCAGGCAGAGGGAGAUUGACAGUUAUUUUGUGUUUCUUCCAUUUGCGUAUAAUCGCACCAACUGUUGUCACCUUCUCACCAAGCUGCUUGGCGAUGGUCUUGUAGCCCAUUCCAGCCUUGUGUAGGUCUACAAUCUUGUCCCUGACAUCCUUGGAGAGCUCUUUGGUCUUGGCCAUGGUGGAGAGUUUGGAAUCUGAUUGAUUGAUUGCUUCUGUGGACAGGUGUCUUUUAUACAGGUAACAAGCUGAGAUUAGGAGCACUCCCUUUAAGAGUGUGCUCCUAAUCUCAGCUCGUUACCUGUAUAAAAGACACCUGGGAGCCAGAAAUCUUUCUGAUUGAGAGGGGGUCAAAUACUUAUUUCCCUCAUUAAAAUGCAAAUCAAUUUAUAACAUUUUUGACAUGGGUUUUUGUGGAUUUUGUUGUUGUUAUUUUGUCUCUCACUGUUCAAAUAAACCUACCAUUAAAAUUAUAGACUGAUCAUUUCUUUGUCAGUCGGCAAACGUACAAAAUCAGCAGGAGAUCAAAUACUUUUUUCCCUCACUGUAAGUAAUACUGCAUAAAAUGUGGCAAAGCAAUUAACCUUUUGUCCUGAAUACAAAGUGUUAUGUUUGGGGCAAAUCCACAAUACAUUACUGCAUACCACUCUCCAUAUUUUCAAGCAUAGUGGUGGCUGCAUCAUGGUAUGGGUAUCCUUGUAAUUGUUAAGGACUGGGGAAUAUUUCAGGAUAAAAAAAUUUACGGAAUGGAGCUAAGCACAGGCACAAUCCUAGAGGAAAACAUGGUUCAGUCUGCUUUCCACCAGACACUGGGAGGUGAAUUCACCUUUCAGCUGGACAAUAACCUAAACAAGUCCAUCUACAUUGGAGUUGCUUACCAAGAAGACAGUGAAUGUUCCUGAGUGGCCGAGUUACAGUUUUGACUUAAAUCUACUUGAAAAUCUAUGGCAAGACCUGAAAAUGGUUGUCUAGCGAUGCUCAACAACCAAUUUGACAUAGCUUGACGAAUUUUGAAAAUAAUAAUGGGCAAAUGAUGCACAAACCAGGUGUGGAAAGCUCAUAGAGACAUACCCAGAAAGGAUGCUUCUACAAAGUAUUGAUUGACUCAGGGGUGUGAAUACUUAUGUAAAUUAGAUAUUUCUGUAUUUCAAAAUCAAUUUAAUCCAUUUUGAAUUCAGGCUGUAACACAACAAAAUGUGGAAAAAGUCAUGGGGUGUGAAUACUUUCUGAAGGCACUGUAUACAGUGGCUUGCGGAAGUAUUCACCCCCCUUGGCAUUUUUCCUAUUUUGUUGCCUUACAACCUGGAAUUAAAAUGGGGGUUUGUAUCAUUUGAUUUACACAACGUGCCUACCACUUUGAAGAUGCAAAAUAAUUUUUAUUGUGAAACAAACAAGAAAAAGACAAAAAAACAGAAGACUUGAGCGUGCAUAACUAUUCACACAGGUGGACUUUAUUUAACUAAUUAUGUGACUUCUGAAGGUAAUUGGUUGCACCAGAUCGUAUUUAGGGGCUUCAUAGCAAAGGGGGUGAAUACAUAUGCACGCACAACUUUUCCGUUAUUUAUGUUUUAGAAUUUUUUGAAACAAGUCAUUUUUUUUCAUUUCACUUUACCAAUUUGGACUAUUUUGUGUAUGUCCAUUAUAUGAAAUCCAAAUAAAAAUCAAUUUAAAUUACAGGUUGAAAUGCAACAAAAUAGGAAAAACGCCAAUGGGGAUGAAUACUUUUGCAAGGCACAGUACUUCCUCAAAGUAGUCAGAAUUAAUCUAAGAUAAAUCAAGAAAUCUGCCAGUAAUUUUGACGUUUUUGCCGAGGUCUUAGUUGUGAAAUUUGACAUCUAACUUAGAUGUUUGGUGCAGUAUUUCUCAAGUAAAAAAAUGUGUUUCUCAUUGAACAACAACAAACACUUGAAUAAGAAUCCCUACUAUUCAAAUUAAAUGAAAUUGUAUUUAUCACAUCUGCCGAAUACAACAGGUGUAGUAGACCUUACCAUGCUUACUUAUGAGCCCUUAAAACCAACAAUGCAGAGUUUUAAAAAAGUAAGUAAGAAAAAUUUGCUAAACUAAGGAAAAAAUAGUAACACAAUAAAAAUAUAUACAAGGGCUACCGGUACCGAGUCAAUGUGCAGGGGUACAGGUUAGUCGAGAUAAUGGAGGUAAUAUGUACAUGUCGGUAGGGGUAAAGUGACUAUGCAUAGAUAAUAAAAACAGAGAGUAGCAGCAGUGUGACCAAUUGUUGACCAAUCACAGACGAAGGAGCGAAGACCAAAAUGAACAAAAACGUCACAAAAUGUCAUCAUAAUAUAUGCACAACUGUUACAGAUGGGAUGCGGAUGCCUUUAGAAGAUUUUAUGUAGAGAAAUAUGUUUCAUACAUGUAGUUAUAUAUAAUACCACAAGAGGGCAGGCUAACCUACAAAAUCUAUGUAAUCAUUUUUUAAUUCAGUCUGUAACUCAACAAAAUGUGGAAUAAGUCAAGGGGUAUGAAUACUUUCUGAAGGCACUGUAUAUUAUACUAAGAAACAGUUUGGUUCAGUUCCAUUUCAAACCGGUUAAUAGAAUUUACAUUUGUUACAGUCUAUAAUGUAGAAUUGGGUGUCAUCAAGCAUUAGUUGUCAAUCAAUACGAUUAUCUUAUUACUAAGCGUGGGAUGAUCAUUAUAAAAUAUUUUCCUCUCACCCCAAUUUCUGUAGAAGAGAUCGAGGUGGAUGUGGAAAGCACUGAGUUCUCCCAUGGAGAGUUGGACAGUAUCAGCACCAGUGGCUGCAGUGACUUGGAUGACCACAGCAGUCGGCAGAGCCUGGCCAGCGACGAGGGCUACUCCACCUGCAGUCUUAAACAGACCUUUUCCUCCUAAGAACCAGCCUGAAGUUCCUCAUCCACAGCUGCAGUCUAAACUGGCCUUCUCCUAAGAACCAGCCUAAAACUCCACUCCACCUGCAGUCUAUAACUGGUACUGUACAAAGAACCAGCCUGAAGUUCAACUCCUCUUGAAGUCUAAAACUGGACCUCUCCUCUUAUGAACCAGCCUAAAUAUCAACCACCUGUAGUCUAAACUAGCCUUCUCCUCCUAAGAACCAGUUUAAAGCUAAACCCCACCUGCAGUUUUAAAGUGGACUAAUCCUACUACAACAACUGUAAAUCUUGCCUCUGAUGUGGGCGACUGCACCUACAGUCUAAUGUUACCCGUAUCCUCCUAAAGCCAGCACAAAACCCCCACAUAAAACCAGCCAGAAGCUCACCAGUGCCACUCCCCCCACCACCCCACACACACUUUGGAAACCCCUAGUAGAUGACCCUCUAGGAAAAAACAAUUCUCAUUACUCACCAAGCAAGUCACUAGCGCUUCUAUAUCUGCACUCCAAACCAGCUCUAAUACGGUACCUACAGCUUGAAUAAACCACAAUUACACCCAAAAUCUUUAACACAAGUCACCAAUGUUAUUCCUAAUUUAUUAGAAUAUAAUUGAGAAAUGUAUUUAUUUUUCCAAUAUUUAUCGUGUUGUACUGUAUGUCUUGGUCACACCUGAAUUAUGAAAUGAAAAAUAUUAUUUAGAUGUUUUGACAACUGUAAAGUGAAGUUUUAUAUAAGUCUGUUGUGGUUUUGAACUGAGCAUUGUUUGACAAGUUAUCCUAGACAAAAGCUAGUGCAAUGGUACAGGACAGGCUAAAUGUUUCACUCAGUGGCCUCUUUUGUGAGAUGAUUGACAUCUAUCCCCCUUGAGAUUUCAAAAGUAAUGUUUGUAUACAGUAAGCAGCUAUAAUAAGCUAUCCCGCACUUCCCAAGCACAAUUCUGAAGCAAUAACACUUUUUGCCAGUUAUGUCAACUCUUCAGUUGGCUGUUUUUGGCACACAAUUUUGUCCGUCCAACACCAAAUUUAACAUGCUCAUUUAGUAUGCAACUUCAAUAGAUGUAUUAAUUACAAAUAGUAAUCAAUAGUAAGAUAACAUGGCUGUAAAAGUUGGAACAAAAAAGUAAUGGUGCAUGUGUAUUGAAUGUAGCUUUCAAUUUUGUUGUCAUGUGCUUUGGAUUGACCAGUUGAGGGCGCAUGUCUUUGUAGCAUGAACAAUAGCACAUGGAGGAAUUUAAAUUAUGAGUUUUGAAUCGCAUCCUUAUUUAGUAACUUAUUUUUUGUAAUGUAGUUGAGAAGCAUUCCAAAGUUAAAACCCUGAAACUGUAUAUUUUGAGUAUUUGUCUACAAAAAUCACUUUCCCAUGAUUAUUCCACU